AUGGCAAAGACAAAUGUGUGCAUUGUUCUUGCUAAAAUCUCCCUCGUUGCUUUGUUUCCUCUUUGUAUGUGUAAUCAAACCAAUGAAAGCACGAGCACUACUGCCUCUCUUUCCCCUCAAUUUUACGACAACUCCUGCCCCAAAGCACAAGCGAUCGUUCAAUCUUUCGUCGCUAAAGCAUACUCUGAUGACCCUCGCAUGGCUGCCUCAUUGCUUAGACUACAUUUCCAUGACUGUUUCGUCAAUGGAUGUGAUGGUUCAGUAUUAUUGGACAAUAGUGAAACCAUGGAAAGCGAGAAACGAUCAGAGCCAAACCAAAACUCUGCUCGAGGGUUUGAAGUCAUUGACGAUAUCAAGUCUGCCUUGGAAAAUGAAUGUCCUCAAACAGUUUCUUGCGCCGAUAUUUUGGCUAUCGUUGCUAGAGACUCCACUGUUAUUACUGGUGGACCAAGUUGGGAAGUAUAUUUAGGAAGAAGAGACGCACGAGAAGCAAACCUGCAUGGUUCCAACUACAACAUUCCUUCUCCCAACUCCACGAUUCAGACCAUGGCCAACAAGUUCUACCUUCAAGGACUCGAUCUCACCGAUCUUGUUGCUCUCUUAGGAGGCCACACGAUAGGAAACUCGAGGUGCACGAGAUUCAAACAAAGAUUGUACAACCAUUCCGGAAACAGCGAUCUCGACCGGUCUUUGAAUAAAAACUACGCCUCUAUGUUGCAAAAGGGAUGUCUGAUUUCCGGUGACGACCAGAACCUCUUUGCCCUCGACUAUGCGAGGCCGACUAAGUUUGGCAACUACUACUUCAAGAACUUGGUGACUUAUAAAGGACUCUUGAGCUCUGAUGAGAUUUUGUUCACGAAAAGCAGAGACUCCAUGGAACUGGUCAAGCUUUACGCCUAG